GUCGUAACAAAUCAACAUGGCAGCCUCCGCGGUGACAUGGGCUGGUAUAUCCGCAUUCGGACGCCUUUGUGGACAAAUAAACUCUAGGUUGCUCGGUGCUUCGUCUCAAGUGUCUUGCCUUCACACAAGCACACAGUUGAACAGCAAAAACUGGGAGAGGUACAAUCGCAUUGUACAACCACCGCAACAGAAAGAUGAGCCACGGAGACCAGCUGAGAUUUAUCACUGCAGACGUCAAAUUAAAUACAGCAAAGACAAGAUGUGGUACCUGGCUAAGCUGAUCAAAGGUAUGACCAUUGACCAGGCACUCGCACAGCUGGAAUUCAGUGACAAGAAAGGAGCUAAAAUAAUGAAAGAGGUCAUUUUGGAAGCCCAGGAAAUGGCUGUCAAGAAUCACAAUGUGGAAUACAAAUCCAAUCUGUAUCUCGCUGAAUCGUUCUCGGGCAAGGGAAAGUAUCUGAAGCGCAUUCGUUAUCAUGGACGUGGAAUGUUUGGCAUCAUGGACAAAGUAAACUGCCACUAUUUUGUAAAGCUUGUUGAGGGGCUGCCACCCAAAGUGGAACAGAAGAUGGGAUUCGACCAUGCCAAAGAGUAUGUGGAGGAGCUGAAGAACAGAACGAUUAUUUACUCGCUGUAGUUUAAAAUGACUUUUUAUUUGUAGACGUUUGUGUAAAUAAUAAUGAAGGAAUAAAAAUUAUACCAAG